ACGAUGUGUUGUGGUUGAGCCGGGGGGGUUGGUGCGUUAAACACUAGCAAGGAAGGAGGAUGCGAUUUUCUAACAACGAAACGAAUGCCUUGGAUUAGGUCCUGCUGCAACUUUUAAAGACAUUACAACGUUCACAUGAAGAUUAAACAUCCGUUGCCUGACGGUUUUCUUUAUAAUUGUUAGCGAGGAGGCAGAGCCGCUGGUGAACGCAGCAUGCGGUAAGUGAGCCAGAACCUGCUCCCCUAACGCUGCCAGCUGUACCUGGAGUGGCUGCGGGCGGCGCGAGUGGCCGGUGUGGAUGAAUGAAGCAUGAAGAGCCCGGUGCACCGAUGCAGGGACCCGGAGCACGGCCGUGGAGAGCACGGCCGGGGGGACCAUGGCCGAGCGGAGUCCCGGCAGGAGUCCCGGGCCGGCUACCUGCAGGCCGAGCAGCGCAUCCCCAUCUCCAAGGACAUCAUCACCUCCUCCUCAGCCUCAGCCAUGUGGUUCAUCCGGGACGCCUGCGGCAUUGUUUGCGCGGUCAUCACCUGGAUGCUGGUGCUCUACGCCGAGUUCGUGGUGGUGUUUGUCAUGCUGCUGCCCUCCAAGAACCUGACGUACAGCCUCAUCAACGGCGUGGUGUUCAACAGCCUGGCCUUCCUCGCCCUCGCCUCGCACUUCCGGGCCAUGUGCACCGAUCCUGGGGCUGUGCCAAAAGGAAACGCUACGAAGGAGUACAUCGAGAGCCUCCAGCUAAAGCCAGGCCAGGUGGUCUAUAAGUGUCCCAAAUGUUGUAGCAUAAAGCCAGACCGAGCUCACCACUGCAGUGUUUGCAAGCGGUGCAUCCGGAAAAUGGACCACCACUGUCCCUGGGUCAACAACUGCGUCGGGGAAAACAACCAGAAGUACUUUGUGCUUUUCACAAUGUACAUUGCACUCAUCUCCCUCCAUUCUCUGACAAUGGUGGUGUUCCAUUUCCUCUACUGCUUUGAGGACGACUGGACAAAGUGCAGUUCCUUCUCCCCCCCGGCCACAGUAAUCCUCCUCAUCCUCCUGUGCUUCGAGGCCCUCCUCUUCCUCAUAUUCACCUCUGUGAUGUUCGGUACCCAGGUCCACUCCAUCUGUACCGACGAGACCGGCAUAGAGCAGUUGAAAAAGGAAGAGAGAAGAUGGGCUAAAAAAAAUAAAUGGAUGAACAUGCGGGCGGUUUUCGGACAUCCGUUCUCCAUAUUGUGGUUUAGCCCCCUCGCCACGCCCGAACAAGGGAAGGCUGAAACCUACCAGUAUGUGGUGUGAGAGAGAGAAAGAGGGAGAGAGAGCGAGAGACAGACCGAGAGAGAGAGAGAGAGAGAGAGACCGAGAGCUCAGUAAGAGGAGCUGGCAAGCUGAAACCAUCCAACCAAACUAAACCAAACCCCUUUCAACCAAUCCCCGCCUAGCUGGCCAAGACUAGCCAGCUCAUUUACGCCUGCUGCUCCCAAAUGCUGAACCUGAUCACUGAACUGUGACUACUACACUACCCACGGACAGCUCCUUCCUGUGUUUCUUAUGCUGAUGAGAACAUGCUUUUCAUUUUAUUUUUCCGCUCUAAAAGAGGGGAAGAGACUUCACUGGGAAGAGUCGCAGAGGAAAAGAAACCUCUUUCUGCGUGUGAAAGGUUUUCUGGUAGAAUUGCAGACAUGAAACUAAAAUUGUGAUAUUGUUUUUGACAUUCCUCCAUAAUUCCCAGCUCUGAAACGUUUGCGUGUUUGUAUUUUAUCAAUCGUUAGUCGAGCGACAGCAAGGCCAUCAUAUUAACAGAGCAGAUGUUGUUUCUUAAGGUGUUCAUUUUAGCUGUUUUGUUAUCAGAACAUUCUUGCGACUGAUGAACAUAUAAAUUCCCCAGGCCAUCUAGUUAUUCAUCAAGCAAUACCUUUCCUUUCAUUAGGCAUAAUGGAGACACGUCGAUUGGAACACCUAAUUGCAUGCAAGCAAGGCCCACUUAAAUCUCAUCAUCAAAGUUUAAUCAAAGGGUGUUUUUCUUUUUGCUUGAAAGGAGUCUCUUUUUUCCAGGUGUGUGAUUAGUUGGGACUGUGAGUUAAUUUGGAUGUCAAAAGCGCAAAACAGUCGUUGUUUUGAGGGAAAAAAAGAGCAGAUCUUUAACAGAUAUCUCUGUAUUCAAACAUCGUUUUCAGCCGCAACGACUGACAAGUGAACCUGUCUGUUUGAAGCACAAUUUCGGCGCGUAUGACUGAAACAGGGAUGGUCUUGGUUUGUGUAACUUCACUGUAACAGUCCAGUUCAAGCAUUUAACUAUUAAACCUUACUGUCACUAUCUGCACUAUUAAAGGAGCGCUGUUUAAGAUUCUAUAGUGCUGGGCCUCUAGUGGUUUACAAGUACACUGAGUUUAUAUACUUUGUAUUUUUCAUGUCUAGUAAAAAUUUGGUUGAAUUUGUGUAAAUGUGCUAAUAGUCAAUCCAAUUGUUUAUUACCGUCAAUUCACAUUUUGCUAUUGUGACCUAUUAGGAGGAUUUCCAUUUGAUUUAAGGCCCAUAAUUCAACUAGGGAAGGUCAAGAUAAUGGAAAACUAUCCUAGCUGGACAUGUUACUUUGUGUGGUUAGAACACAGCAAAAUCUAUAUAUUUUCAAAGUCUUAUCUUUUAAUGUUAUUAGUUUUCUCAAUCUUACACAGUGCCCCUUAUGUACUACUUGGCUGACUUGCACUUUUUAAAUAAUUUUGUUACUUUUUAUCUCGCCAACUUCUCUCUGUUCAACAGUUCAUUUUCUUUGUUUUACUCUGUUUUUGUAUGAUGUGCGUAUCUCUUUAAUUAUAUGACUGCAUGGUUCAUGGUAGGACAUAUUUUUUGUAGGUGAUUAUUCUGCUGGUGUGCUAUUGCUGAGUUUUGCCAGUGAUUGGUGAGAGUGCUGUAGCAGAUAUUGGUGUUUUUAUGUUUUAAACAUUUCUAAUUAUAAUUAUUCUGAAGAACUUUGAGUACAUGUGCAAAGAAUAAAUUAUUCUUGGUUGUGUGUGUGUGUGUGUGUGUGUGUG